AUGGACUUGUAUCAAAUCCCGGACCUCGUAAGGUGUAGGUUCCUUGCGGCAAGUCUGAGAGAAAGAGCUCAGCAAUGGUUUCAGAAACUAGGGGAAGGUGUGAUCUCUUCUUGGGUAGACAUGCAACGAAUGUUCAUGACGCAGUUUCAGGCCGCAACCAAAUAUGUUCCACCGGUCACCACCUUGGCCAAUGUCAAGCAGCGGGACAACGAGUCCCUGACCGCAUAUUUCAAGAGAUUUAACCAGGAGUCUAUGGGAGUUACAGGAGCGUCAGACGAGACCUUGAAAAAUUUCCUUAUCACUGGCUUGAAGGUCAGUACUGAUUUCUGGAAACAUCUCCAAGGGAAGGACCCGUCCAACCUGUCAGAGCUGUACGCAGCAGCUGAGUCCUUCAAGAAGGUAGAGCAGUCACUCGCCGAAAACCAAAAAGAGAUUGCUAAGUCGAGGGGUAAGAGAAAGGACCAUACCCCUAGCCUGGAACCAAAAGGGCGCGGCCGUUCCCCAGCAAGGAUACACAUGGCGAGCGAUAGAAGAAAUUGGAGUCCCCCAAGACAACCAGGCACGUACACCCCUCUCGUGGCUUCAGCCGAACACAUAUACGCAGUAACCAAGGAUAAGGCCCCUUUCCGAAAGCCGCAGCCUAUUCCCUAUAACGUUGCCAGAGACAAAAAGAAGUAUUGUGACUUCCAUGAAUCAGCCGGGCACAACACCGCGGAUUGCAGGCACCUUAAAGAAGAAAUCGAGGAGCUACUCAGGGCAGGCUACUUGACAGAAUGGGUAAAGAAAUACAGAAUGGAUCACCCGCCGGAAAGGCGCGCCCGGGGGAGGUCACCAGAAGACAAGGAUGACGAGAAACCAAACGAUACCCAGUUUGUGAGGGAAGGUAGUAUUAGGAGCAUAUUUGGAGGCCCCUACAUAGGGGGAGGUAGUUGA